GGCGCAUGCGCACCGGGAGGCACCCGGAAGUCGCGAGCCGGUGUGGUGGAAGGAGGCGGAAUGGCGGCACGUGGUGAUCGCCUCUGCCGGCCCUGCGCCGAUUGACCCCGGGCUCGGUGGCUUACACCGACCACCCCCCCCCUACCCACACCCAGGUCGCGUCGCGUCCGUGUUGGUCCAGCCGUAGCGGCGGGCCCGUCGUCGUAUUCAGCGCCGUCGCCGCAGCAGCAGCCAUGGGUCCCGCGAUCGCCGUGCUGCUGGUGCUGAUGGGAUGUUGCAGCAACGUCUACUCGCUGGAAAUGCUGGCCAGAAAAUACCCAGGGUGCGGCAACAUUGUCACGUUUUCCCAGUUCCUCUUCAUCGCUUUGGAGGGCUUCAUUUUUGAGAUGAAGUUUGGGAAGAAGAAGCCGGUGAUUCCCAUCAGGCACUACACCGUUAUGGUGAUAAUGUUCUUUGCCGUGAGCGUGCUCAACAACUACGCCCUCAACUUCAACAUCGCCAUGCCGCUGCACAUGAUCUUCCGAUCGGGGUCACUCAUCGCCAACAUGGUUCUCGGAAUCAUUAUUCUCAAGAAAAGGUACACGCUGCCCAAGUACCUCUCCAUUGUGCUGGUCUCGCUUGGAAUUUUCAUCUGCACGUUCAUGUCGGCGAAGCAAGUGGCAUCGGACUACAAUGCUGCUAAGGACGAUGGUGUUUAUGCCAUCAUCACCUGGCUUAUUGGAAUCGGCAUGUUGACGUUUGCACUCUUCAUGUCCGCGAGGAUGGGCAUUUUUCAGGAAGAAUUGUACGCUCGCUUCGGCAAGCACCCACGCGAGGCCCUGUUCUACAAUCACGCUUUGCCACUACCAGGUUUCUUGCUGCUGGCAAAGGACAUUUACAACCAAGGGGUGCUCUUUAGCCAAUCGGCGCCAGUGGCGCUGCCUUGGCUGGACCUGGCCGUGCCGGAGAUGUGGCUGAUGCUGCUGGUCAACAUCAUCACCCAGUACGUGUGCAUCCGCGCGGUGUUCGUGCUCACCACGGAGUGCGCGUCCCUCACCGUCACGCUGGUGGUGACGCUCCGCAAGUUUAUCAGCCUCAUCCUGUCCAUCCUCAUCUUUAAGAACGCCUUCACGACGUGGCACUGGCUGGGCACCGGCGUCACCUUCCUGGGAACACUGCUCUACAUCUACACGUCGACCCCCGCCAAAGCGCCAGUGCCAGAGAAGCAGAAGAAGGGGCAGUAGAGGCCGCGGUAAGGCUCACAGGUGGCAGCUCCCCCCACCCCCCUGGCCUCCCGGCCCCUCCCCGCCAUGGGGGGCAUUGAAAAGGAUGUGAAAGUAAGAGGCCCGCCCAUACUGAACAUGUGAAAAUGAGCUUCAUAGCUCAUCAGAUUUUUCCAAUCUAAAUAUAUCUUCCGCUGUGGGAGGGGGGCAUACAUUGUGAGCAGUUCGCAUUGAAGGAAAGAUUACAAUCCAAAAACUGAAAUAGCUGUUGUAAAAUUGAUUGCCAUUAAGGAGAAAUGGCUCCACUAAUUAAAAAAAAAAUCGUGUAAAUUUAGAGUCUUUGAUUUCCGUAACCCAAUUGUUUCCCUUUAACAAUCUGACUGGCUUGUGAGCUGUGAUAUCCCAUGUUGUUUUUACAGUUGCAUCCUGAUAAAGAGCGGUUUGGAAUUUGAUGCAAUUAGUCAUGCAUACACGAUUUAGAUUUAAGGUAUAUUCAGUGCAUUCGAAAUUAAUGUUUUCAACAAUAUAAAGGGUGUAAAUAUGUUUUACUGUGUUUACGAGUAGAAUACGUGCUUUGGAAGGACAUCUAUUGUUUUUAAAAUCACUUUUAAUCAGAAAAAUGGCACUUUAAGUAAUUUAAACCCAUUAAUAAAGCUAUUGCUGGAUGAAGGCCUCCCCACGCCGCAUUGGUUAUAGGGCUUCAUUGAUUAUACUUCACCACGCUGGUCAGCAUGGGUUGGUCACUGGACACCAAGGACUGUCACUUGUGCAACCAUUUGAACAAAAAAGUAAAUAUGAAUUAAAUUUAAAACCAAGUUAUACUUAACUGGUCUGUGUUGCAGUCCAUGGUGAGUUUUAAGUCGUAAUAAUAAAAAAGCAUUCAAGGUGCCAAUCGUGCACGCUCCAGUGAUGUUACCGUGGCUUCACUCAUGUAUUUCCUCGUACAUGUGACUCAAAAUUGUAAAUGUUUUUUUGCUUCACUAAUGAAGCAUCAAACUCAUGUCAGAUAGCUGAAGGCACAGCAUAGGUCCCCCUUUACUAGAGCUAUUUGUUUUGUUUCUAUGGGUUGCAUCAUUAUUUAAGAUAGGAAAAAAAUACUUGAUAACGCUGCUUACUGCACACAAAAAAGUUUAUUUUAGAUUAUUAAGUACAAUUAUACGCAUUAAAGAGUUCUUGUGCACAUAUCUUGCGUGCGGAAUAAGAAUGCAUAAUUGGAAUGUGUUAAUAUACUUUGCUUCCCAUUAACUUUGAGUCUGUUACAAUCCUUACCAACUUGCUGGUAUUAACUGUCGUCGGGACCGCACAAUGCAACUUGAACUUCGCACAGCCAGGAUCAUCCAAGUGAAACUCUGUGUUCUUGGGAGAUAUCAUUACCAUCACGAGCGGCAAGGUCAAGGGUCAUUGCCAUACGAGGCCAAGUUCUCUCGUACACCCACAGGGUUGUGCACUUUCUGUUGCCUGCGUUUGCGGGUGUGCACUUUUGUUAGUGCAUGAGCCGAGGGCUUGGUCGGUACCACCUGAGGUGGCAAAUUCUGUUUGUAUCCACCAUGGGCAGAAACCUUAGCGUGUAUAUAGUCUUUCACAUACGCACUGACUAUAUGUUUGCAUGUUCGGCAAAUGCGUUUUCACUUUUUUUUUAAUUAAAACUUGAUUUUUUUAUUAAAACUGAUUUUCACUUCCGUUUGCCAAGGUAUUUUGAUUGUUUUAACUGAACUUAAUUACAAAAAAAUCCAGAAUAAUAUGGAAACAUCCAAAGAAAUUCAGAGGAAUCUAAAACAUCCGUUGCACCCCAGGUCCUGGCUCCCAGUGACUUGCACGUUCCCACAGUUAACAUGAUUUUGGAGUGACAGUGUUGCGUGCAAGUAAAGGAGCGCAAGACUUAAGUCUUCGGGGCCUGGUUUAAAGUCAAGGAACAUCAAUGACGAUAGACCAACUACCAUGCACUUCAAGGCUCUUGCGGCAAGAACAAUCUCCUAAAAACACGCUUUUAUUUGUACACAAUGACAGACUAGCUUGUAUGUAUUUGUUACAUCAAGUGUGACUUCAAUCUGUGCCCAUAAACUUUUCAAAAUUGUGAUAUUGUGUGUCCGUCCGGGUGAUUAUUGUAAGGCUGUAUCUCAUCGCCAAUUGUCAAGUCAUGAUGUACUUUUAUACCUAUGAUGUGCACAUACUAUUGCUUGAACUGGAAUGCAGUGUUUGUAUGCUGAAAUGUUUGGUGAAGAGGUCGUCAUUUUAUACUGAAUCCUGCAGUCCUUGCCAGCAUUGUCCAGCGAUUUACAUCCGAUUGAUUCCUAAUCUCUGCCCGCGAUGGCCUAACAAUGGUCACUGGCUAUGUGUAACUGUCUAUGUGGUGCAAAGCACACGUGUAAUAAAGUUCACGCGUAAGUGUGCUUCCCCCAAAAGCCUGAGAACAAUGAGACUGAUAUAGUUUAAUGACCGUCAAAAAGUUCAGGGUAUAUUAGUCUGUAUUCUAAUUUAUGAGUGAAUAAAUAUCAAGUCUAAUAUA